CAUACAUACAUGCCUUCAUAAAAAAGAAGAUAACUUUUAUUUCUUGUAAUGUAGGUGAUAAAGAAAGAAAGAAACAUGUUUACCGGAAUAUAUCGCGGAUAUAUAAUCGCGGAACUCAUCUGCAUAUGAGUGUUGAAUAAGAAUCAAAUGUUAUUUUUUAACAACAAAUAUUUUGCAAAUCAACGUGUUAGAUACUGUAAUAAGUUUAUGGUUUACCGGUCUGAUUUCCGUUCGAUACAUUUGAAUUCUCGAGUGAUAAUAAUUCAACGCAGUUUCUUUUUUUACAUGUUACAUUCCAUAGGAACAAGUUUUCUAUAUUCUACUCCUGGCUGAAAAAACUUUCGGAUACAAUCAAAGCAUUCCAUUUUCCUUUUUUUGUAUAAUCGAAUUUGACAAACAGAACUCUUUUUCAAAUGUUAGUAUAUACGCCAGAAUUGUUUUUACAUUAGUGUAUACGAGAAAUUAAUUAGGGAACAGUUUUCGUUUGUCAUACCAAAGUUACAGGUACUUGGUGCUUUACGAUACGUAAAAUAGAGAUAUUUUAAAUACUGUGUCAAAACAUAUUCCUGAAUAGCAAUGGUAAAAAUGAAAGGAAAACAGAAGCGAAAUCGAUAAAAGAGUAUUGAAAGUCAAAGUUUGUUUGCUUCGGAAAGGAAUUUUUGAACGGAGUGAUAAUAAUCAAAGUAUUAAUAUUGUUCGUCGCUGUCGAGACAUAAACGGAAUUUUAGGAAUGAUGUUAUAAUUAUAUCGUCGUGAAUAUUGAAUACGGUAUUCGGUAUUGUAAUAAAUAUACAUUUCGCGUUUUUUGACCAUUUUGAGGAAUUAUCAGAGGGAACCGCAUUCGAUUCGAAUUCGUGUAGACGUUUAGCAACGAAGUUAUAGGUGAAUAAUAAUUACCGAUAUGCAGACCAUGGCCAAAGCAGCAUUAUUUUUUCACUAAUUUAUAACGAAGUAGAUGUGAGGAAGGAGAGCCGUGUGUAUAUGUGUUGUACAUAAAUCGUUAACCACGCGAAUGAUAUUGAGUGGUAAUUAUUCUUCGCGAAACAAUUAUUGUAUCGCCGUGUUAUUGAAUGGAAAAAAGAACAAAAAUUACUGGUCUAUACAUAUACGUAUGCGUAUAUACAUAUUACAUAUAAAGAAGAGAAGAAACGAAAGAACUUAUUACGGUUUUGCGUAAGAUUGCUUUUGCGAGAACGUAUUUAAACAUUGUACUUAAUUAACGCACUUUAUUAGUAUCAUUGUAAUGAUCGCUCGCUAUUAUUUAUGUCAUAAAUAUAAAAAACGCUGUUAACAUCAUUAGCACUGAACUAUUUUUCUUACUGGAUAAUUACGCUUGUAACAAUAUCAGGAUUGUAUUUAACAAGUUGUGAAAAGAAAUAGCGAAGGGAAUCAUCGAACUAUCGUUUCCAUAAAAAUGCAGAUUGCGGAACCCCUUAUGUUAGUGAUCAUCGAAACUAUAAUUAGAAUCAAUAUAAAAAAUAUUGCUUCAUAUUUCGUAUUCACCUGUUUCACCACUUUUUUUUUACAUAUCAUCGGAUUGUCUCUAUGUGUAUAAGAAUUACUAAAAGAAAUAUUUAAGAGUAAUAAUUGUUCACUCAAGAUAAUCUAUAUAAAUUCCAUCGUGUCUCUUUACUCGUAACAAGAGUGUUAGUUUCUUUUUCCAGAAUCUAAAAUUGAAAACGUACAAAAGAAUACGAGAUUGUGAUUCGUCAUUUCUAUAUCGAUGUGAAAUCGAGUUAAUAUAUGUCUGUAUAUGUUCUUCUAUUGAUUAUUUUAUACGAUCGAAAAAGAAUAAUCUUUGCCCUCUGACUUAAUAAAGUUUUGCCAAAAAAGGUAAUAGAAUCGCAUAGAAAACUCAGCUACUUUCUUGUUCACUUAAAUUAAAAUGACAGCGUAAUUAAAUUCUCAAAUGUUUAGUCUAAUGGGAACAUUGUUCACGUUUAUGGCGAUUAGGAUUUUUGUAGCGCCAAUUUUUUGCGGUCCCUAAAGUUAAACUAUUAGAAAUUUCGAAAUUUUUGAUGAAGGUAACAUUGUACAAUCUAUUGCGAAAUUCGAACUCCGUAACAACGUUUAUAGGAUUUGUAGCGACAAAUAGGGCGGAUAAUAAUCGGAAGUAGAGGAAUGAUCAAAUUACGUAUUCGCAUUCGUAUUGAGACAUGUUAAAAUAGGUAAUUCUUUCGUAGAUACGGUAUUUGGAAUUGAUCUUAACACACGAUUUCCCAUAACAGAGAAUUCGUUACCCAAGAAUUUCUCCGAUUGUACGCAUUUCUGCGAUGGAAUGUACAACUUAUUGCACAAUAAAAUUAUAAUGAAUCAAUUUCAUUUUCAGAUGGUUUCAAACAUAUUUUAAAUUCGAAAUUACGCUUUUUCUAGUUCUCGUUCCCGCUGAUAAGUGGCGUGAAAGAUCGUCGUGAAUCAUUCUUGCAAAAUGGCUAUUGAUGCAAGUGUAGAGUGUAGAAGUAGGCUGAGUUAAUUAGUGUAAUCAAAAGCACGUUCUUAUUGAUCAAAGAGUUAUUGUGUCGUGAUUUUCAAUAUCAAAGUCCGACGAGUGAUUCUUGACGAAUAAAGUAUUUUCAUAUCCUACGCCUCUCGUAUCUGAUCAAACGCUAUUGUGCUGUGUGUGACGAGAGUAAACAGCGCGGAAGUACGAAGAGAGUGCGUCGGGCUGUCAAGAGCAAAUUUAUAUCAAUUCGUUCUCAAGCAUAAGAGUUGAUGAAUGUCUGAGAGUGAUACAUACGAUUCCGCGGACGAAUACACAAGCCUGAUGGACGGUCACGUCGCGGAAUCUCGCACGGACGACCUGGGCUUGGUCACUGGUCGAAAGAGGCGUUCACGGAUUAGUAACGAGGAGGAAAAUGGUGUUCUUGAAGUUCAUAUUCAGUCACCAGAUAUAUCUAACAGUACCAGUUCAGGCAGAAGAGGCAUACCAGACGAUGGAAGCCAAGAAAGACGUAGAAAUUAUAGAAGAGAAGAAGAAGAACAAUUGAAAUAUGGUGCAGCACAUGUUGUAAACUUGUUUGUGCCCGUAUCUCUCUGUAUGUUAGUCGUAGUGGCUACAAUUAGUUCUAUAAAUUUCUAUACAACCAAAGGAAUGUAUCUACUAUACACUCCAUUUCAUGAAGACAGUAAUGACACGAGUACCAAAGCUUGGCAAGCAGUCGCCAAUUCUUUGAUCUUAAUGAGUGUCAUUGUAUGUAUGACUGUGAUACUUAUUUUAUUGUAUAAAUACAAAUUUUACAAAGUAAUCCAUGGAUGGUUGAUAAUAAGUUCCUUAUUGUUGUUGUCUAUGUUCUCUAUGUUAUACUGCGAGCAAAUAUUAAAAGCAUACAACAUUCCAAUGGAUAUGUUUACUUUAGGAAUAAUUCUAUGGAAUUUUGGAGUAGUUGGGAUGGUUUGUAUACACUGGUAUGGACCCUUGCCAUUGCAACAAGCAUAUCUUAUUUUUAUCUCCGCUUUGAUGGCUCUCGUUUUUAUCAAAUACCUGCCAGAGUGGACAGCAUGGGUUGUGCUGGGUGUCAUCAGUAUCUGGGAUUUGAUCGCUGUAUUGAUGCCGAAGGGACCUCUAAGAAUUCUUGUGGAAACCGCUCAAGAGCGAAACGAAUCUAUUUUCCCGGCGUUGAUCUAUUCUUCUACAGUCAUGUACACAACCUCGAUGACUUAUGCUGGUUACAUCCAAACAGCAACGAUGACUACCAGCGAUUCUACUACUGGUGACACCACGGCAUACCCUAUGCGUGGCCAAACGGAUAAUCGAGCUAAUACUGCUUCUGAGGAGACAGAAGGCGGGUUCAGUCCCGAAUGGGUGGAAACACACGGCGAUCGAGGAGCGAGACGGGCUCAGGAAGUAAGCGAGAACGCAUCGUCAUUGACAGAAAGCUCGAGGCAACAGGAUAAUGAAGUUGCACGUGAACCACGUUGGCCACCAAACCAGAAUGAAGAGGAUCGAGGAGUGAAAUUAGGGCUCGGUGAUUUUAUAUUCUACAGCGUUUUAGUUGGAAAGGCUUCCAGCUAUGGCGAUUGGAACACUACUUUGGCUUGCUUCGUUGCCAUUCUCAUUGGGCUCUGUUUGACAUUACUGCUGCUGGCGAUAUUCAGGAAAGCAUUGCCCGCAUUACCGAUCUCUAUUGGUUUUGGUUUAACAUUUUAUUUUGCCACGAGGGUAAUCGUCGCUCCGUUUACUGACAAAUUAGCGAGCGAGCAGGUGUUCAUUUAACCGUAGGUAUAAUAACCAUGACAAUUCAAUAAUUUAUUACGAAAAGUUGAUGCCUAUUCGUGUACCGAUCAUUUAGCUUUCAUAUUCCGUUUAAUAAUUCGUUGUCCAACAUAAAUUAUAUCGAUGAUCCUACGACAUGGUACAAAUCACCGUGCAUUAUGUGAAUUGGAUGAUCCAGUAUUUUUUAAUCAAUUAGCAUCCGAUUGAAUUUAAGCCGAUGAACAUUUACACUGGUUGAUAUAGUGUCCCACAAACUAAUGCUCAAGAUAUGAAUUAACAUUUGUAAGAUAAAUAACAGAUAUAAUAAAUAACGAUUAUAUUUAUGUGAUA